CACAGAAUAAGACAAGAUGGGAUGCUCUUCGUAAAUUCCUGAUUAAGGGCAAACUUUGUUAGUGUUGGUGUAAAUGAGCGAUUUUUAGCUAUCUUGAUAUAUGAAUUAAAAGUAAUGCAGAAUGUAGAGAUUAUAUUUUAGGAUAAAAUGACUUCGUCUAAUCCAAGAAUUCAUUUAGAAAUUGUGUUGAUUGAAUAGAUGUUCUGAUUUUGAAAGGUACGGGGUAUCUGGAACACUAUUGAUUGCAAUGGCGUCCUUUGAAAUACAAAUCGGCAACCCUUCAGUUUUAAGCAGAAUUGAAAGUUUUAUGAAUGAUUCUGCAUACCGGGAAGCCAUAGAGAACUCAGCCAAUUAUAAUACACGAUUGUGUAUAGAGAGGAGAAUGAGAAUGCCGUUCUUAGACCCACAAACAGGUAUAGCCCAGAACCAUUCCCACUUGUAUUUGAGUGCCCGAGAGAGAUUGCCGGGACUACUAGACGGCCAAGUGUACAGCUACCCGGCUAAACGAUGGCGCAAGCGACGUAGGCAAUACCUCAUGCAGAUGCCCAACCGGCGUAAGGACCAAGAUCUCGAGAACAAUGAACUGCACACCAUCAGUACCGUAGAGAAUCCAGCUGUCGCCAACAGUGAAGACAGUAAGGACAGUUCCGGCCUCAAGGAGGAAAGCACAACCAAAGUGCCUGAUACUUGGUUUUAUGAUGAACUUGAUCUUCAAGCUAUGGAUGGAUUUGAUGAACCAGAUCCUGACUCCGACUAUGAUUAUGAGGAAACCUACACUAAAAGAAGAAAGAGGAGAGGUCCAGGGUCAAAACAGUCCAAACCCUCUGAGAAUACUACUAAGAAGUCGAAGGCAGGGAGCACACCAGGAAGAGGCAGAAAAAAGGGGAUGCAAUAUGCUGCUGAUCCUAAUGAUACAGAUAAACCAUUCAGCUGCGAUCUGUGUGGCGCGCGGUAUAAGACGCGGCCCGGGCUCACAUACCACUACACCCACUCCCACAAGGAGGGCAAGUGUGCGUCUGUGACUGGCGAGGAGGAGACCAGCAGCGAGGCCAACGCCCCCCCUCCCACUCCCCCGCCACCGCCUCCCCCGCCCCAGGACACCUCCGCAGGUUGGCAGACCCCCCACCUCACCUUCCUAAACACCCCUGGGGCCACUCCAGUGAAGAAGCAGACACGCAGCAAUGCCCCCAUACCCCCCGUGGCGGGGCCUAGCAUGGUGCCUGUGAGUGUGGAAGAGUCCCACCCACCUGUCAGACCACCUUCUCCUGUUGUAGAAAAAAAGAUUGUAAUACCAGAGCCGCUACCACCCAUGCCAGUGCUGGCUAUGGAACAGGCUAACAAGGAGAAAGCCACUCCGAACCCUUAUUGUGACUUCUGUUUGGGAGACGCUGUCAUCAACAAGAAGUCGGGCCAACCGGAGGAGCUGGUGUCCUGCUCCGACUGUGGCCGUUCAGGACAUCCAACAUGCCUGCAGUUCACUGCCAACAUGAUAGUGUCUGUGUGCAAGUACAGGUGGCAGUGCAUUGAAUGCAAAUGUUGUUCUAUUUGUGGGACCUCAGAUAAUGAUGACCAGUUGCUGUUCUGUGACGAUUGUGAUCGCGGCUACCAUAUGUACUGUCUGGCUCCCCCCCUCACUCAGCCGCCAGAAGGUUCCUGGAGUUGUCGUCUCUGUCUCUCGGAGUUCCACCAGAAGUAACACUCCACCACCCCACUGUGUACCAUACUUAUAUAGUUUUUGUGUAGAUCUUGUGUGUUCACGCAUCUAAGCUAUUUUUGAAGCUUUUACAAGUCUUUCGUUUUGUGUCGAUGUAAAUUUUGCGAUUUUUAUUUUUCUAGACGAUGCUUGAAGUUAAAAAUAGUCAGAAUUUAUGGAAUUACACUGUGAUCAAAAUAUCCUGUAUCAUAUUUUAUAUAUUACCUUAUAUAAUAUUUUUAUCGAUUAAAUGUACUCUAUAUAAAAAGGCAUUUUAGUUUGAGGAUUUGUUUUCAUUGAAUUUAUACACUAGUUUGUAUAGAGUGUUUUAGACUUUUUCAUAUGUUUAAUUGUUAAUCCUACAAAUAAUGUUUCAUUUUGUUCACAAGUUGAACAAAAUCUUUUAUGGCUGUACACCUAAUAAUAACAAAAAAAUUACUAUUUCUUGGUAGUUUAUUUCUUAUCAAGGUUAAGUAGUUAGCUGUAAAAUAGGUGUAGAUGGCUUUCUGUGUGAACAUGGAGGAAUAAAAUAUUGUCAUAGUUUAGUUUUUGUCAUAUAUAUACUUUUGUCUUUAAAACGAUACACAUGAAACAAGUAGAUGCAUCUCAUGUACUGUUACCAACUAGCUAACGCACAUACUAAAGAAUGCAUAUAUUUGUAACAAUUUGGUUGUGUACAAUUCACUAAAAUGUUAUAGAAAAUACUUUUGUUCUCUUAUUGAUAGCCAAAUUGUUUAUUGUAUACUUUUUAUAGCUUUAUUGUAAUAUGAACACUUAAAGUGUACACGGAUGGUCUAGGAAGUAAAGAACCUUACACUAUAAAGUGAUUCAAACAAAAAAUAGCUUAACAAAAUUUAAUGAUCUAGCAAUGAUUAUAGAAUUAACGUUUACUGAUUCUUUGAGCUCUUCUUAAUGUUAGUGUUUCCUUAUAAUAACUAAUUUAAUUUCAGAAAAAGACUGAAAUUACCAUUUCUCAAAACACAUCAGUUGAGUUGUAUGGUGCACAACUUAAGUCUAAAUGCUGUUGGCUAUAAUAUAACAGUGGUAGUUCAAAGGUAUGAAAUUAAAUCUUUAUUUUUGUCAUAUGCACAACAAAAGUAAUAAUGAAGUCGAAAUUAAGAACAGCUGUCAAAUCACCAUACAUUAUUAUAAAAUAUAAAUUAAAAGGUUAAAGUAUACAAUUAAUAAAAUAGCCAGUUGAUAUUUGUUAUUUAGAUAUAAUUAAAAUUAAUACUAAGAAUAAUAAGUUAUGGCAAUAAUAAAUCAUUCCUAACAAAUACUACGUACCAUAGUAAAUAUUAUAAAUUGUAAUAAGUUAAACCUGUAUUUCAUAAAAAAUACAAUUAUAAAAACCAUUAACAAUUUUUCAAUGAGCUAAACAUUCUAAAAUUCAUAAUUGCUUAAUACUUUUCAAUUAGUGCUAUUGCAUUACUUUAUUAUAAAGCUUACUUGGCCAUAAAUUUAUAAAUUCAUUAUUAACUGUAUCUGAUACUUCAUAAACAUUGGCCUACAGUUUUCGAAAGCAUGUUGGAUAACUAAUAAUUCUUAUGGUUUUCUUUUUUUUUCAAAAUUAAUAUUUCCAAUGUUUUACUGUAAUUCCACCAUAGUAUGAGACCAUUUAUCUUAGGAUGGACUGGAAAGAAGCAUUUCUUACUAAACUGAAAGUUAUACAGAACACAGAAUGUAAGACUUCUUAAGAAAACUCUCUAAAGCUUUGUACAAGUAUGAUCCACAUGAUUAGCUUAUUAUCAAUACCUAGUAGGUUGACAUUUUGACGAUAGUUACCAUUAGGGUUCUCAUCUCAAAAAGAUUGUAAUUUUCCUGGAAUCACCGAAAUGCAGUUAACAAUGUGUUGUUAUUAAAGAGGUAGUAUCGUCUAUAUAUUUAGUUGUUAAUGUUUGUACUGGAUGAGGUAAAUCAUUUAUAUUAAUUAGAAAUAACAAAGGUUGAAGUACUGAACCCUGUGUAACUCUACAUGUAGAAAGACGAGUCUGAAAGAUAAAAUGUGUUCUUUCACAUACAGUCAAAUAGUUGGCUCAGAUCACACAGUGUUAACUGAGCAUACGCCUUAUUUCCAAGCGCUGUUAAAACUACACUUAUUUUCAAUUUUUGUUAAUUAAUUCACUGUCUAAUUGUUAAUUUUUCCUUUUUUAAGUUUUGGAAUUCCAAAUGGUAACUUAAUUGGUCAAAAAUAAUUACUUAAAAGUCGUAUACAUCCAUGGUUUUUAAGUUUUUGAAUCACUUUACUACAUUUAACACUUCAUCACCUGUUACAACUUUCAAAGACAUUAAGUAAAGUUGUCUGGAUGAAUGUAGUUUGCUAAUAGCUGACACGGAAUGACUAGUGAUUUACUAAUAUUCUUUUUAAAUCCAUUACCGAAUUAAUAAGAUAGUUGAUACUUAUGUGAGAUGAACUAAAAUAGCUAAGAAUCUGACAAUGGUUGAUCUUAAGAUUAAUUACCACUUCUUCUCAGUGGAGUGCCAAUGAUUUAAGAUUAGAAUUUUCACUUAAUAAUCUUCUUCUAAUUUCAUUAUUAGACUCUUAAUGUUUGAAUCACACAGCACUAAAGUUGUCUGUAGUUUCUUUUACAGCUUUUCAUUAAUUUUGUGUUGUAGCCAAAAUCAUUUUUUUCAGAUUUCAACUAAAAUACCAUAAUCGUUUUCAAAGGUUUGAUGCACAUUUGAUAUUUUUUACUUUUUCAUAAUUUUUUCUAUAAUUAUGUUUAUAAAAAAUGGAGAACAUUAUAAAAUCUUUUUAUUAAUAUAAAAUUUACAUAACUUUCCCAAGCAUUUACAUUUCCAGGCAAGAUUAGCGGACACUUUAUACAUUUAACUUAGAAGUGCCCAUGUUACUGAAGGCGUAAAAUGUUAACUGUUAUGUUUGAUAUUAUCUUACUAGAUUAUUCUACAUUUAUUUAAUAUGAUAUUAAUAUUUUAUUUAAUAUUUUUUGUGCAAAAGAGUAGUGAAUUUCAUUUUACCGCAUUUUAUUUUGGUACUAUCAAAUUGAAAAUACCUUGUAACCUUCAACUUUGCAAGAGAGAUUUACUGCUUAACAAUAUUUUGAUACGAUAAUACUAAACCCCACCCAUAACAAGUGGGCACAUGCACUUAUUUAUUUCCGAGAUGGCAAGCACUGUUUUGCAAUUUGCUCACAUCUUGUUAAAUUGUCUCUCAUCAUAAUAUCAAUCCUUUCAAUAUAAUAAUAUUUUUAUAUUAUUGUUUGGAAUCUUACCUUAAUAAAUGUGUUGAUGUUCUUCAGAAAUAUUCAUUAAAUGUUAUUUUAUAAAUAUUAUUUUCUCAAUGCCAUGCAAAGUUGUAGUUGUUUCCACGUUGUUGCUAGCACCGUUAGCAAAUUGCCACAUCUCUGGGAAUUUUGGCUAUUGCCAUGAGAAUAUUUUACUUACAACAAAUGAAACACGUUGACAAUAGAAUGCGGACUACAACAUAAUUCUGAAUCCCACAUUAUUGAAUAGCAUUGAGUUUAAUAAAAAAUUGCAGAUACACAAACAAAUUUGGCGAUGGUCAAAAAGCGAUGAAGUGCACAUUAGCAAAGUGCCCACAAUCAGGGUAGUGUUUGAGUUUAGGAAGGCACUGCACGCUACUGCCCAUUCAGCAAUUAAUCGAGUUCAAGGUCAUGUGGAGUUGACUGAAUAUUACCUAACCUUCUUUGAUGAAAAACUAUAUUCCUGCAGAUAAUAUUGUAAAGAUGCGGCAAUUUGCAUAUGUGUGCUCACGUGUUAAUCUGAAAAAAGGUAAUCGAACUAGUCGCAGACUUUGUAGACUCCGUUCGUGCUAACAUAUUGUUCUUUACUUCCUAACUUUCGUUGUAUAGUUGUUUAUAGUAUAAUGUUGGUGGUUAUGUGCUAUUUACUAUAAUUACUGUCACCAACACAAAUGCAUUUUGUAAUAGACUCACUUAAUUUUUUUUAAUGUUUUGGUGCUCUUUAACACAAAUCAGUAUUGUUCGUUAUGUUAUAAGUUAAUUAUUACAGAUCUUAGUAGUAGGAAUACACGUACUUAAAUAUAUAUAUAUAUAUUUACACCAUGACUGGAGUUUUCAGUCGAAAAUCUAAAUAUGACUAGUUUUGUAACUACUUAACUUGUGUCUCAUUGAUUUUCUUGAUUUGUUUGUCUCUUUUGUAAUAUAAUGAAUCUUUAUGAAGCAA